UAAGCAAAAAUUGUGUGGAGCAGUGUGCAGUCGAGCAGUGAAGAAAUGGGGGAUCCCGUGAGGACGCUGUGCAAUGCCAGCGAGAGUCCUGUGCUGAGACCGGAGGCACGUGUCUCGGGCAACGGUGAUCUGCAGUUUCUGGGAUGGAAUGUACCGCCGGAUCAAAUACAGUAUAUACCGGAACACUGGCUGACCCAGCUGGAGCCGCCUGCAUCGAUGCACUAUAUGCUCGGGGUAUUCUACAUCUUUCUGUUCUGCGCCUCGACCGUUGGCAAUGGAAUGGUCAUCUGGAUAUUUAGCACAUCGAAAUCACUGCGCACACCAUCGAAUAUGUUUGUGCUAAAUCUGGCCGUGCUCGAUUUUAUAAUGUGCGCCAAGGCGCCCAUGUUCAUCUAUAAUAGUUUCCAUCGGGGUUUUGCACUGGGCAACACUGGCUGCCAACUGUUUGCGGCCAUCGGUUCGUAUUCGGGUCUGGGUGCUGGCAUGACCAAUGCGGCAAUUGGCUACGAUCGAUUCAAUGUCAUAACGAAGCCGAUGAAUCGCAACAUGACCUUCACCAAGGCGAUCAUGAUGAACAUCGUCAUCUGGCUUUACUGUACUCCAUGGGUUGUCUUGCCGUUAACCCAGUUCUGGGAUCGCUUUGUGCCGGAGGGUUAUCUGACAUCCUGCAGCUUUGACUAUCUGUCGGAUAACUUUGAUACACGCCUCUUUGUGGGCACCAUAUUCUUCUUUGGCUUCGUGUGCCCCACACUGAUGAUCCUCUACUACUACAGCCAGAUAGUGCAACAUGUCUUUAGGCAUGAAAAGGCGCUGCGCGAUCAGGCCAAGAAGAUGAACGUGGAAUCGCUGCGAUCCAAUGUGGACAAGAGCAAGGAUACGGCCGAGAUACGGAUUGCCAAAGCAGCCAUUACCAUAUGCUUUCUGUUCUUCGUCUCCUGGACGCCAUACGGAGUGAUGUCGCUAAUCGGCGCAUUCGGUGAUAAGAGCCUGCUGACACCGGGUGCAACAAUGAUACCGGCAUGCACCUGCAAGCUAGUGGCCUGCAUUGACCCCUUUGUGUAUGCCAUCAGUCAUCCCAGGUACCGCUUGGAAUUGCAAAAGCGUUGUCCCUGGCUGGCCAUCGAGGAGAAGGCGCCCGAGUCCAGCUCGGCGGUAUCCACAACGACAUCGACACAGGAUCAGACAACGGCGGCCUAAGCAGUUAAAUAGUUAAACAACGACGACUACGGAUUGGAAUAUGUCAAUGUUGAACCUUCUCAACUAACCGGAAAUUGAUCUUUGCCCGAUACUUGAUCUCGCCUCAACUUGUCUCAACACGUAAUACGAUGCAAGUGGUUUAUAAUAACACAAUCGAAUAUUAUUCGUAUGAUUUGUAGUGCACUAUCUAAGCUAAACUAAGUGUAGCAAACUAAAUGCAAUGUUAAAAAAUGUAAAAAAAAGAAAGAAAAGAAAAUGAGAGAAGAAUAUAAAUAAAAUUUACUGCUGGAAGCAUGGCAAACAAA